UUACUAGAAGACUGAAUGAAUUGUCAGACCUGACAACAGAAGAACGAAAUUAUCGCUUAAUAAUGAUGAAUAAGAAUGCAAGAAAUAACAAUUUUGAAGACUAUCCAGACCUUCCAGAUGCAAGAGAAUCUGUAGAUUACAGAAAAGAAGGUUUAGUGACCAAAGUUGGCUUGCAAAUUAAUUGCAACAGCUGUUAUGCUUGGUCAAGUGCUGCAGUCUUGGAAGGACAGUUGAGGAAAUGUGGAAUAUCAAGAAAAUCUGUGUCUGUUCAGUCAGAAGUUGAUUGUACGACUGCGUCAAGUUGGCAUUGUAAAAGUGGAUAUCCUUAUUCUGUUUUUAGGUGGCAGAUGAAAGGUGGAAUCCUUCCAGCUAGCAAGUAUCCUUAUGAAGACAAGGAUGGCAUUUGUGCUUAUAGUAGAAAUGAUGUACUUGCUUAUGUCGAUGUUCCCUAUGAUUACGACUUUUAUAAUGUUCAUGGUGGUCAUGAGUAUAUGAAGAAACUUGUCUCACAUUAUGGUCCAAUUGCAUCAGGAAUCUGUUCUAGUAAAUCAUUUGAAGAUUAUUCAUCAGGUGUCUAUGAUGUCGACAAAUGCUGUAAAAAAUCAAAUCAUGCUAUUGCUAUUGUUGGAUAUGGAACUGAUCCGAAAAAUGGUGAUUACUGGUUAGUUAAGAACAGCUGGGGACCAACAUGGGGUGACAAUGGCUUCGGAAAGAUCGCAAGAGGCAAAAACACGUGUGAAUUUGAAACUGAAGUUUAUUUUGCACAAGUUCGAGAUGUCAAUGGGAAAGUUUGCAGAGUUUUUUCAUAA